GCCCCCGCAUGUUAGGAAGGCGACAGUCGCUAGUUCUGGUGGUGGUGGCGGGAGCGCUUCCGAUGAAAGUGGCGCUGGCGGCAGGGCCGCCUCCGCUGAUAGCGAUAAGGCGCCGGAAAAGAAGGAGAACCCCGAGGGGUCUGACUCCAAGCCGGCUGAUCAAUAAUUAAAAUAUAUCUAGUCGUCUUAGAUAAUGUAAUGAUUGAGUUUAUCCAAUUAUAAAUGUUCGUGUUUACAUGUUUUGUGCAAUAUGUAGGUAGGCAUUUAACAAAUUGUUACCUUAACUCACCUUAUAAGUGCAAUAUUAUUAUAAAUGGCGUUAUUGCUGCUUUGUAAUGCAUUGUUCCCAGUUUUGCUCGACGCACAAUCCUUUUUCUUCGGUAUAGUGUAUCCAACCAUCACGGGAACAAUGUGUGAAUUUUUCAUAUGCUCCUUAUGUGGCAGCGUUUCACUGUUGAUAUUUUACUCCUAGAUACAAUAGCCUUUAGAAAUUCUAAUAGACGGGUUAAGCCAAAAAAAAAACCGGCAUUUUUUAUUGCGAAUCUGUGGUAAUGCAUCAAUUUAACAGUUCUUGUAUGAGAAAUCUCAUUACGGCGUCGUUAAGCUUUAAAUUCAAUAACUAAUGCGGAAAACUUUAAUAUACGUACACAAAGACUUGUGACUUGGUGUUGUCUAAAUCAGCUCUGACGCGCUGCCCCUGCCAAUGUGAUAUUAAUAUUGUCAUCGUAACUUCGUUACAUGUGGCCCAUUCGUUACACAAUCUCGCCUUCACCUCUACAUCAUCUUACACUACUUAUGCAUAACCGGGGAUCCGUCUCAUUGAAAUAUCUUAUCCGUUACUUUCACGCUCUUUAGGGACUUCACAAAUGGAAACAUGUAGAUUCCUUCAUUUCGUUGAUUCUGGCAAUAAUUUCAAUUUGCACAGAUGUAUAAAUGAACUGACUUUACGACUAAGAUAUUUAUUUCGACGGAUCCCUGGUCACAAUUCUCAGUCUCUAAGUAAGUCAGGUGGCACAUACAAUGAGUUCAUUUCUUGUAAGAAAAUAAUAGCAUAUCAUUGGAUUCAUUUUAAGCAUAUACACCCCAAGAAAAAAAGAAGGCGUGGCUACACCCAUGUAGGGCAUAGAUACACUUUUGUAUUAUUUAUUUUGGGUUGCCAUAAUCAUGAUCACUGAUCUUAUAGCUAUAUAAAACAAAUUUAUAUCUAACAGUUGUUUUAUUACAGAUUUCAUUUAUACAUAGUAAACUGUAUUCGAUCAAUUUGUUUAAAUGUUCAAGAACAUUUUCACCUAUUGUCAGUUUCCCUAAUUAUAUGGCAGUGCCAUUUUCAUUAAUGACAAAAAAGUCUAAAAUACCCACAAAACUUGAACAUUUACACAAACAUGUCUUUACUAUUUAGUAGUCAUUGUCGUUUGCAAUUUUCAUUUUGCAUUUUAUUUCAUGUAAUUCUUAUCUCAUUUUCAUAUAAACUAUCUACAAACAAAGACAUUUGUUGAUUCGGGUAACAAAAAGAUAAAUUGUUUCAUUUUAAUUGAAACUACACUUGAGUUCUACGUUGAGCUUAGCACUGACAUUUGAUAAUCUCACACACGGUUCGCUAAGACAUAUUUUUGUUUUACAGAAUAAGGUUCAUUGAUUCAGAUCAUUUUGUCCCAUCCACACAUUUAGGACAUCGUUAGUUACGUGUAUAUCUAAAGCGUGACGUAGAGUUUCUGUUAACAGGGUUGAUUGGCGAUCUCGUGCAAGCCUAAUCAUGUACAGAGACAAUUUCAAACCAAGCUCUUCGAAUGAAAGAAAUGAGCCAGAAAAACCUGUAGAAAAGCCUAUUGUAAAGGUUGUUGAGAAAAUAGUCGAGGCGAAACAAGAACCAGUUUUGAAAUUUGAACCACGUGACGCAAGUCCGGACACCGACGCUGCUUGCUCAGUUACAAUCUCUGACAAAGAUCCGACGUCACCCGAUAGUGAAAUUCCUCCCAGAGCUAUGGACAUAGACCCUGAUAUGAGCAAAACAGAUGAUAGUAAAGAGACUGGUGAUGAAGAUGAUAAAAAUGUAGUUGAUGAAGCCCCUCCUUCUCCAGUUGAACACCCGGUAAUAGUGAAAAAGGUAGUUGAGGAAAUUGAAAGCCGCGCCAAAGAUUACACUGAUGGGUCAUCUACACCGUCCCCGGUAAAAACGCAAACCUUUCCACUUGAAACAAAUGACGAUGAAGUCACAGUGGACGAAGAAACGAUAGAGGAUGACAAGGUUGAAAUCAACGAGCCAGCAGUGGAAAUAAAGGACAAUGCCCCUUUAGAGAGUAGUAUUAAGACAGAACGAAAUGUUGAAACCGCAUCUGCUGCUACUAUUGUAGAUAUCCAAGAUCAGACGGAGCAAGAUGUAGCAGAAACUCCUGAUGAAGUAAAAUCUGAAGAUAAAUCAACUGCAGAUAUAGUAGUCGACCAUAAAGACUUAGGAAAGGGUUCUGUUGAGGACCGCACCGACGAGACACAUACAGAAACUGUUUCUAAGGAUGUAAAACCUAACAUGAAUCAGUCGUCGACUAUUUUAUCUUCACCGGGUGUAACUUCACCAGUUGAUGUUUUAGGCACUGAUUUAUCUGAUACUGUGAUUGAUAAAAGCGUAGAGUCUGAGUCAGAAAGUCAUGUCAAAGCAAAUGUAUUAGAGGAAAAACGGACCGAAGAGAAUGAAAUCACUGAUGAUAAAUCCGAAAAUGUUGAUCAACCUAAAAUCGAGCCACAACUUACGGACCUUGCAUCUGAAAGCAUACCAAAGCCAAAUGAAAUUGAUGCUGGCUCAAGUAAUGAAGUAGAUGAAAAAACCGAAGAUAAAGUGUUAGAAACUGUUGUUUUAUCUGAACAAGUAGAGAAAGACAUCAUUGAAGAACCGACUGUAUUGGAGACAUCUCCCACUAAAGAAUCCCCAGUUGAACCAAUUUCCGGUACCAAUGUGGACGCAAAACCAGACAGCUUGGAAAUAAAAUCAAGUAUUGAACCAGAUGUAAUUGAUGAAGUUGUUGAUAAAACUGAAGAUAAAGUUGAAGAAACUGUUGUUUUAUCUGAACAGGAAGAGAAACAAAUCAUUCAAGAACCGGCCGUAGUGGAGACCUCUCCUGCUAAAGAAUCGCCAGUUAAACCAAUUUCCGGUACCAAUGUGGACGCAAAACCAGACAGCUUGGAAAUAAAAUCUUGUAUUGAACCAAGUGUAACUGAUGAAGUUGUUGAUAAAACUGAAGAUAAAGUUGAAGAAACUGUUGUUUCAUCUGAACAAGAAAAGACAGAAAUCAUUCAAGAAUCGGCUGGAGAGGAGACAACUCCCACUAAAGAAUCACCAGAGAAACCAAUUCCCGGUACCAAUGUGGACGCAAAACCAGACAGCUUGGAAAUAAAAUCUAGUAUUGAACCAGAUACAAUUGAUGAAGUUGUUGAUAAAACUGAAGAUAAAUUGGAAGAAACUGUUGUUUCAUCUGAACAAGAAAAGACAGAAAUCAUUCAAGAAUCGGCUGGAGAGGAGACAACUCCCACUAAAGAAUCACCAGAGAAACCAAUUCCCGGUACCAAUGUUGACGCAAAACCAGACAGCUUGGAAAUAAAAUCUAGUAUUGAACCAGAGUUAAUUGAUGAAGUUAUUGAUAAAACUGAAGAUAAAUUGGAAGAAACUGUUGUUCUAUCUGAACAAGAAGAAAAACAAAUCUUUCAAGAACCAGCUGUUGUGGAAACUUCUCCUACUAAAGAAUCGCCAGUUGAACCAGUUCCCGGUACCAAUGUGGACGCAGAAUCAGACACCAUGGCAAUACCAUCUAAUAUUGAACCAGAAUUAAAACAUGAGGUUAUUGAGAAUGGCUCUUUAAAGGAUUCUGCAAAUGAACAACCAAACACCGAAACACAAGAAGAAGCACCAUCAGAAUUACAACCAAAUGAUGCGAAACCUGUCGAGCUUCCCGUGGAAAGUAACGAAAAUUCAGAGAAAGAUGUGCUUAUUAAAGAAACAAAUGUUAUGCAGACAUCAGUAUACCAAGAAAGUGAUAACCAGACAAUUGAAAAACAAGGAAUUAAUGUCGCACUAGGAACUGAACAACAUACUGAACUUGCAUCUGAAAGCACAUCAAAGCUAGAUGGAACUGAUACUGGCGCUGGUCAUGAAGUAGUUGACAAAACCGAAGAUAAAGAGGUAGAAACUGUUGUUUUAUCUGAACAAGUAGAGAAACAAAUCCUUCAAGAACCGGCUGUAGUGGAGACAUCUCCUGCUAAAGAAUCGCAAGAUGAACCAAUUCCCAGUACCAAUAUUGGCGCAGAACCAGACAGCUUGGAAAUAGAAUCAAGUACUGAACCAGAAAUAAAUGAUCAAGUUGUUGAUAAUGCCACUGUAGAGGAUUCUGCAAAUGGACAACAAAAUACCGUAACGCAAAAAGAGACAUCAUCAGAGAUUCAAACAAAAGAUACACAGUCUGUCGCGCUUCCCGUUCAAAGUACUGAAAAUGUAGAGAAAGAUGUGCUUAUUAAAGAAACAAAUGUUAUGCAGACAUCAGUAUACGCAGAAAGUGAUAACCAGACAAUUGAAAAACAAGAAAUUAGUGUUGCGUUAGAAACUGCAACAGCAUUGAUAGAUGAUAUCUGCGAGCCUGGUAACAUAGAAAAUGAACCACCUAAAACUGAAGAAUCAGUUGAUGUAAAAGACACUGACAAAACGGCCGAUAACAACCCUGAAACAAUGCAAGAGGCAAACGCUCAAUCUCCCGCAGUAGUUGACCAAAAAACGGAAUCGACAAAUGAAACUGUUGAGGAACAAAUCAAAACUGAACCAGAAAAUUACCAAGACACCAAAGAAGAACCGAUUGAAAAUAAAGACGUUGAAAGUAAUGCAUCGGAACAAUCGGUAAUAGCAUUUACAAAAGACAAACAUGAAUCAAAUAUAGAAAUUGUCGAAAAGGCCGAGGAGGUUUCAGAAAGUAGUAAAGACAGUACUGCUCAUGAUUUGGUCGCUGAAAAAGAGUCCAUUACUGAUGAAAUAGUUUCUGCUGAUAUUGCAAGGGAUAUACCAUUAGAAAGUUCAAAUUUAGAGCAGGCUCAAACAGAUGAUAUCAAAGAGGAAACAAUAAUUUCUUCAUCUACACCUCCUUCUACUCCUAUCACAGAGAGUGCUAAAACUGAAGAGCAAGAAUCUGAAACAUCCGAAACAAAAGAUCUGAAAAAUGAAUCUUUUGAAGAUCAAAGUAAGACACAUCAUGCUAAAGUUGUAAGCUUUGAAUCGGACGUUUUAAAAGAACAACCAGUUCAUGAGGCAGAGCUUAAAAGUUCGCCAAAAGAAAGCACAGAAAAUGCAGACAAUGAAAUUAAAGUAGGUCAGACAAAUGAGCAGGCAAUGUCAGUAGAAGAAACAACUGUGAUUGAGACUAAAUCAGACACAGUUGAAAACAAUGUUAAUACUACUGAAACACAUGAAGUACACACCAAAUCAAUGGCAGAUAUAAUGCAACAGAGCAUGCACGAAGAUUUACAAGAAACUGUUAGCGUAAUUAACGGUGAUAACACGCAUGAUGAUAAUGAAUCAAAUGCUGAAGAAACAGAUGAUGCAAACGAUAACACAAAAACGGCAGAUGAACCUAAAACGAAAGAAGAUGUGACUGUUAACGGCGUCAAAGAUGACACACCAGAAACUAAUGACAAUCAAGCCAAACUUGACGAGGAAGAGAGGUUUAAAGCCUUGAUAAAGGGAAACGAUACACAAAUGAGCAUGAAGAUGAUGCGUGGAGAGGUGUCUGCCAAAACCACCUACCAGAGGACAUCGACGGGGCCAAUCGCCAUCAGUGAGGUCUCUCCCGAGGGGAAAUUCAUCAUGCUAGAAAAUACGUCAUCCGGGCCAAACAGAAAGAAAGACAGUAAAGGCAGAAUGAUGUCUGAGACGGACGUGAACCUGGACGGCUGGAAGCUGAGAAGGACAGUUGACGGAAAAAGGGAUUACAGCUACAACUUCCGCAACUUUACACUCAAGGCCGGCAAGAAAGUCAAGAUCCUAGCCCGGGGUUCAGCUGCCGAGGCGGGUCUGAAUGACCUAGUAUUCCGUGAGGAGGACAACUGGGGAGUAGGCUCCCAGGUCACCACAGCCCUCAUCAACGACAAGAACGAGGAUAAGGCCAGCCACGUCCAGAAGACCCUGUACAACUAGACAGGGUCACGUGACCUGAAUUGAGUUGCCAUAGAAACUGUUCUCAACGAACAGUCUUCAUUGUAGCGGAUAGGACUAAACCAAAGAUACAUUUAACAAAUUUAGGAAUUUUAAUGCUUUAAAGCCGGGAUAAAAGAAUCUCAACUUUAGACAGGACUACUUAAAAACUUUGGAUUAUAAUCGGAAUUCAAUCUAAGCUUUUACCGAAUAUGAUGGAUACGAAACAUCAGGAUACGCGGGAAGUUUUUUUACUUAAAAAAUUAGCACCUACACAGCAGUUAGCGUUUACAUUACAUUAUUUAUUCAACAUUUUCUAGAAAUUAUAUAGGGUGUUUUUUUAAUAAUUAUCUACUUUACCAAUCAAAAUAUAUCAGUAUAAUUGCUUUGUAUCAAGGUGCACACCAUGUACAUACAGCACAUGUAGCUUGAAAGCCACCAGUGUGAGAUUAUCAUACUUUUGUUAGGAGUAAUUGGAAUAUAAUUGAAUUAAAAGGCAGAAUGAAUGGCUGAUGAUUGGCCCCAUCCUAUCAGCGGACGCAUCCUACGAUCGUAUUAGUAUUUGUGGGUAAUAACAAAUUUAAUUUCAAAAUUAAUAGUUUAAAGUUUAAUUUGGUUUGGGUAUUAGAAAUAUAAAACGGAGAAACAAUUGGACUGAAAAUAAUGAUCAUACAUACGACGUUGUUCUGUACGUUCGGUGAUACGGUGCCACUUUAACAUACAUACAGUGCACAUUGGAUUCUAUGGGGAGUUAAAGAACAACACCAUUAAUUAAAUUUAUAUUGAAAAUCGCGUCACAGAAUGUUGAUUAUAGUUUCAGACGCAAAAAACGUGUAUCUUAUAGAGUGUAUGUCUAUACAUUUAACACACGGUAUUCAACAGCUGAACAAAUGUUACAGUUCGAAACGUAAGUCAUCGAAUUUUCCUGUUAUUCAAUCAAUAUCGAUGCAACACAUUUAUUCUUGUUAUUUAUAAUUAAUAUGGUUGUGAGAAAAGACAAAAGUAUAUUUUAGAAUGUAUUAAACUGUUUUAUUUAUACAUGUUUACAUUUAUACAUCAUGAUUCAUACAUUUCGUUAUUGUAUUUUAUUUAUUGUUUGCUUAAGCUUGAGUUAAUACAUUUAUUGCUUAAACUACUCUGUUUAUCAAAUCUCGUUGCUUCCAUUUUGCUUAUACCGACUCUAGAUCUGUCUUAAUUGUUAUAUGAAUUAUAAACUCAUGCAGAUAUUUUUCCUGUUUUCCUCUACAAAAACGCUGGCAGCUUCAAAGAGAACGUUUUAAAGACAUGGACAUUAUUAUGAAAUAUAAUGCGUAAGAUUUGUGUGGAAGGAGUUGAAAAUACUUCUACAAUGUGAUCGCCAUGUUCUCUUGGUUCUUGUCAGGAAACAUUUCACUACCCAUGUUUCAAAACAUUAAAUUGAAAGGGACAUACACUCACUCAGAAGGUGAUAUAUGUUUGCCAAUUCGCCAAUGGAGACUGAAGGAAACAUAUCUGCAUGAUAGUUGUCUUGCUUUCGUUAAUGACGUCAUACCUUCUGAUCAUAUUAUGAUGUUUCAUAACCGCGUCGUCUUAAAAAAGAUGUGUGUAGCCAUUUGCAUUCGUUAAUGGUCAGAAGCGUAAUGACGCAUUUUUCGACUGUAAACGGUAGUUAGUAGGAUUUAAGUACUCUGAAUUUAUGUUCUUUUGCUUCAUACAUGCUAGUGCUUUUUUACCUUUACCAUUAAACAACUUGCGUUCUUUCCUGAUUGGAAACAUCAAUACAAUGUGAUAUUAGACAUCUUAGACUUUAUCAAGACAAAGGUCUUUCAAUAAGUUAUCUUGUUAACUCAAUUUAGAUUUUUAAAACAAGAAUAUGUGUGAUUUUUUCAACAGUGAUGUUCCUUUUAUAUGCAAAUUAGGUUAUGUUUUGCCAUUACCCCACCCACUCACUGUGCCACAUGUGAACGUUACAUGUUACUAUUUAUAACUUUGUUGUGAUUGGUUGAUGUUGUGUAGAUAGUAAAAACCGCUACAGGCUUUCGAUAUUAGUUGGUAGUUUACAUUUUUGAAUUCAUUAUGAAAUAAACAAUUUAUAUGAACGGAAUAGAUAGAUAACCUAUUAAAAUAAUUAUAAAUAUCAAUAUCUUGACAGGUUAUAUGGUAGGGAAACAUCAUCCCGUCUUCCAAGUACUUGAAUGGCAAUGUAGCGGUCACAUUUGAUAUUUGUUGUAUUGAAAUUGCUUUUGAUAUUUCAAAGGACAAUUCGCCAUUGAUUCUAUUCAAUCAUAGAACUUUCAAUCCAAGCUUUUGUGGAAUUCAUAUUCAAUUUUAAAACACACAACAUCAGACGAGCACUAAAGUUUAAAUAAAUGACAUGAAGAUCAUUGCUGUGUGAGAAAGAAAAUGCAACAUGUAAAAUGUAUUCGACUUCCAAAAUCUUCAGCUACUGUUUACUUUUACCGGAACCAAGUUCCAAAUAUUUUUCCUGUACUCUUUUUCAUUUUGAAUAAAGCUUUAAAUGUU